GUCUUCCGCCGACCUCAUCGCCAUGGACGUCGACGAGCCCAUGCCACCCGCCGUCGCCGCCAGCGCCAACGCCAUUGCUGGCCCCUCCCGGUCGCACGACCCGCCCGCCCUCUACCUGCCCCCACCAGGCCCGCCGCAGUCAACGCCGCCCUUGACGAGCACCCAGGACCUCCUCGCCCGCUUUCGCCUCCUACCCGCGUACGAUCAGUAUGUCCGCCCAUUCCUCACCACGACGGCAGCACCGCCGAUAGGGUCUGCUCCGACACCUAUCGACAAGGGCAAGGGCAAGGAGGUAGCUACGCCUGCCGCUGCGUCGACCCCCGGUGGUCCUGGAGACGGAGAGGAAGAAGAUUUAAGGAAGAAGAAGAACUACAAGUAUCUUAUUCAAGGGAUACCUGGCAAGCACUCCAUGAAGAAGGAUGACUACUUGACGACAAUGAUGCAAGUUCCGCCCAAACAGCGGAUCGCUAUCGUGCCGUUCGAUGCACGAACGCAGAUUGAUGCCUUCACAGUCCCGACGGGCGGGCUUGUAGGGUGGAAUAUCAAUAGCCUAAUUGAAGAGUCGCCGCAAGCUCGAGAAGAUCGAAAGAGACGAAAAGAGAUGAAGAGGCAGAUGAAGGAGAAGGAGAAGAGCUUGGCCCCCAAUGGCACUACAGUACCAGGACAAGCACCCGGAUCCUCACGCUCGCAAUCCAUUCCCCCAUCGAAUCCCGGAGGUCCUGUAACAGCCGGGAACACACCUAGGACCGGGACUGCCAGACCAAACGUCCCUCACCAACAAACACAACUCCAGUCCACCGGCACACCCGCUGCGAACGGGACUGCGUCCCGCCUCCCACCUGCCACUAAAUCCGCAUCAACGCCAAGAGGCGCUCCAACUCCCUCGACGCCGAGCCAAGACCCCUUUAGUAUCCGGCGUAGUAAGAAACGCGAGCACGAAGAUAACGUUGGGCAUGCGAAUAGCCAGGGUCCCGGCGCGGGCGGCGGCGGCGGCAUUGUCAAUGGGGUUAAUGGUCAUGCGAACGUGAACGGGCAGGCGGGGAAGGGGAGUGGGAAGCCUGGUAUGAACGGAGUGCGACCACGACCACAAAAGAAGCAACGAAUUGAUAUGCGGGGGCAGGCUAGGGAAAUGCCUGUCCAGCAGCCUACGCCUCAAGGGGUGUAGCGCCUCGGAGGUCCAUGGUGUUCGGAGCGGAGUCAUCCGAUGGAACGUGGGCAUGGGAUGAACUCCCGUAACACCCUUGGCGUAUCCUCUUUCGACACGGAGGACUUCUUUCCUUCAUUACAUACCGGCAUCCACUACAAAGCACAACACUAGCAAGCACGUACAUACUCCUCACUGGGUUUGGAUAAUAAAGGGGAGCUGCCCUCGCUUUUGUACUAUCAGCGAUCAGGCCAGAAUGAAUCUGGCUUCAUGAUUUACCUCUGACGAAUUGAUCUCAUCCUGUUGCGAUCCUAUUGAUGAAUGGCGUACGCGACUUUAUGCUUGGACACUCAUCAU